GCAGACUCUCGAUGCUCACGCGUUCACGCGCUCGCGGUGUCAUGGCAACAGCGUCCUGCCGCGCGGGGGCGCGCUCUGUUUUUGUUGCGUUUGUUCAAACCGGUCACUUCAACUCCUAAGGUUUUACUCUGAGCUGCCAUAGCCUUUCUCCACAAGGGACAAUGUCCAGUUUUGCGACAAACGGUUUCAGCUCUACUCCAGUGAAGAAGUCCAGGAACCGAGAAAAAGACUUCCACAAACCUGCUGCUUUGGAUUUAGAUGUCGGGGUCAUUUCUGAUGAUGAAGACACGUUCUCUCUCCUGUCUCCCAUCUAUCACGACAGUUUUGAGAGUGGAGAAGACAUAAGUCAAUCAAGUGGACAGUCCCCACCAAAGGGGACAAUGGACACCUCAGUGCUGUCAGACAGGUGUGAGCUGCCUAAAACGCCCUCAGAUCAGAUGCUGAGCUCUGCAGUGCCACAGAAAACUCCAGCUUCACUCAGCGCCUGGGAACUGUGGCUUCUGAAUAAGGCCAAAGAAGAUAGGAUCAAAUUGGAAAAGAAGGCAGAGGAGGAGCGGUUACUUCAAGAAAAGAAAAAUCAACAAGAAAAGGACCAUGAGCAGAAAGUUGCUAUGAUCAAUCAAAGGAUCCAGGAAUGGCUGAAGAUGAAAAGAGAACAGGAAAAGCAGGAACAAGAUCUAAAACAAAGCAAAGAACAAAAAGACCUGAUGUUGCAAAUGCAAAAGCAGAGGGAGAUUGAACUCAAAGCACAAGAUAAGUAUAAAGAAUGGCUUCAAAAGAAAAACCAAGAGAAAGCAGAAAAAGAAAAAAAACUGAAGGAGGAAGCUGCACUAAAAGAAGCACAAGAAAAGGAACGACGCAGGAGGGCAGAAGAAAAGUUCAAGGAAUGGCUUAGUCAGGCCAAUACAAAAAACACAGUCAACCGCAAAUCGACUUGUCAAGGUCCAUAUGGAAAAUCUUACCCAUCACCCAGCUUCUACAAUCCCAUUCCCUGGAAGCCGAUUCACAUCCCUCCUGAAACUGUUAACAAUACGACUGACAGGAAAGCACAGAGACAACCAGAAGGACAUCAGAGCCUCAGUUCUAAUUCGAGGCAGCGAAAGUCUGUUGGUGCAGCUCGGUCACAGCAGAGGAGAUGACACUGCAAAAUGCUCAUGGUGAUAGACUGGAAUUCAUUCUAAAGCCUCAGCAUCAUGAUCUUGUGUCUAGAACCUGUCACUUUUGUUUUUGAAAGUCACUCUAGAUACUUUUUUAUUGUAAUAGAUAUUUUAUAAUGUUUAUAUUAGAGUUUUAUAUCAAAUCUGACUUCAUUUCCUACAUGUACUAUAAGAUACACAGAGAGAGACCUGCACAUCUCAUAAAAGCUGCGACAGUUCUGGGGCCAAAAAGAAAAAUUAUAGAAAAGAAAAAAACAGAUCAGCUCCGCAGUUCUUUGGCACUCCCAGUUUUUUAGAUUAUUUUAAUAGCAGCACAAUGCUACUGUUAACCUUAGUUUCCUACACACCCAUUCACAAUUUAGGUGUUUGGGUUAGUUAUAAAUAAAACACGGAGCCUUGCUGUUAAUAAUUGUUUCUUUAUAUUGUAUGUAUAUGUCACGGUUUGAAAUAAGUUUGGUGCCUGGCCACACAAUACAAAGCACCAUUAGGGGUUUAUUACAAGUUAAAAUGUCCAAAUUUAUAAUCAUAAGAAGUAAAAAGAUCAAAUGGGUAAAACCAUGGAAAAGUUCCAGUUCCAGCAGUGCUUAUGUUCACUGGUGACAUAUAAAGAUUGUCCAGUCCCAUCCAAGGCCCGCCAGCAGCACAUAUACUGCAUUCAUAAACUAGGAGAUAUUUUGAAAAUGAUAACAAUUUUUAAUAGCUAUAAUUUGUUAUAUUUUGUAUUCCUGUUGUAUGAA